GAAGGGCGCGUCCCUUGCCAACACUUAUAAAGGGUCUCGCGAGGCGCAGGUGGACCAUGUCGGUUUCCCCCGUGAAGAGGCAGAAGAUGGAGUCGGCCUUGGAGCAGCUCAAGCAGCACACCACGGUGGUGGCCGACACAGGGGACUUCCACGCUAUUGAGGAGUACAAGCCUCUGGAUGCCACCACCAACCCUUCCCUAAUAUUUGCUGCAGCCCAGAUGCCAUCCUACCAGCAAUUGGUGGAAGAUGCUAUUGCAUAUGGGAGGAAACUUGGUGGGUCAGAAGAUGACCAAGUUAAAAAUGCUUGUGACAAGCUUUUUAUAUUGUUUGGGGCAGAAAUACUGAAGAGGAUACCUGGCCGUGUGUCCACAGAGGUAGAUGCAAGGUUGUCUUUUGACAAGGAAGGCAUGGUGAAGAAGGCCAGACACUUCAUAGAUCUUUAUAAAGAAGCAGGAAUUAGUAAAGAUCGCAUCCUCAUCAAGCUGUCAUCAACAUGGGAAGGCAUUCAGGCUGCCAAGGUUCUUGAAGAGCAGCAUGGGAUCCACUGCAACUUGACCUUGCUGUUUUCCUUUGCUCAGGCUGUUGCCUGUGCAGAAGCAGGAGUCACCCUCAUUUCUCCUUUUGUUGGGCGUAUUCUGGAUUGGCAUGUAGCAAAUACAGACAAGAAGACAUACGAGCCAUCAGAAGACCCAGGUGUGAAAAGUGUCACUAAAAUCUACCAUUACUACAAAAAGUUUGGCUAUAAAACUAUUGUGAUGGGAGCUUCAUUUCGAAACACCGGAGAAAUCAAAGCACUGACUGGUUGUGACUUUCUCACCAUUUCACCGAAGCUUCUGGGAGAGCUCAGUAAAGAUAGCAGCAAGCUAAUCCCGAUGCUCAGUGUCAAAGAUGCUCAGGCAUCUGACCUGGAGAAGAUCCAUCUGGAUGAAAAGACAUUCCGUUGGCUCCAUAAUGAAGACCAAAUGGCUGUGGAGAAGUUGUCUGAUGGAAUCAGAAAGUUUGCUGCUGAUGCAGUUAAAUUGGAGCAGAUGAUAAAGGAACGAAUGUUCAAUGCUGCAAAUGGAAAGUAGGCAUGCCAAACUUCUUGGAAGCUGUAUGGCUGUACAAGCUGCUUAUGAAUGGAUUUUCUGUAUUCCAGGCUUUUUAUAUGAUUUUGCAAAGUUAACAUAUUCUCAGUAUGUUUGGCACUUUUGUAUAUCAAAAUUGAUACUGCUGUGGGGGGAAGUUGCAGAUGACUAAAGGACCAAUUGACUGGAAGGGUUUCCCUUCAAAAUGAUGGUGGUAGUGGUAAUAAUAAAAGUAUUGUGGUACAACAA